AUGGUGUUUGAUCAUCCCGAAGCGCGCCUUCCCCAAAAAGCGCGCGAGAAUGCCAAACGCCGCACCGCUCAUCAUCUUGCAACACAGCGCCAUGCGUGGGAGUUGGCCCGAUUUGUUCGUCUACAACAUCUGCUGGCAUGUGUGGACACAUAUAAUACACUUACGUUGCAGGAAAAGAGCAUAACAAGUCAGUUGCUCCGGCAGCGGCUGCCAAGGCGUCCACUGCAUAAAGAUCUUGUUUUUUCACACAAACAUUCGUCGCCAAGCAAUAGUCAAAUCGAGUCACUCGUACAGUAUGCGAUGGACCCCCAGACCCAGUUUCAAGAUGAUAUCUAUGAGCCAUACUCUCCAGAACUCUUCACGUGCGUGGACGAAUGUGAGGUCAUCGAUAAAUAUGCCGACGAAGACACGAUGCAUCCGAUCAAGUGGCACAAUGCACCUAGCCGGCUUGCUGAUGCAAUUCAAGCGAUUCAACAGGAUUAUAUGUCGAUAACGCAAUCGUUCUCAGAUAUGCGCGAGUCUACAAGCCAACGGCCCAUAUCCCUUGCCGAAGAGCAUUUAUAUGUGAUGCUGACGACAGGUAUCUUGGGCGCUGAUACAAAUCUUGUCACGCACAACAUCGAUGAGUGGCAUAUGAUGUGUAGUCAGUUGGAGCAAAGUGUCCGUCGCCUAGGCUCCGAUGACACGCAUGCUUUGAAUUGGUUUCCGGCGCAAAUGUGUGUGCGAGAUAUGGUGUCACAACUGUGCAUGCUGAGUGACCGUCUUGUUGGUGUGUAUCGCCGAGCAUCGCGUCUCGUUCCCAAGCAGGCAUACCUCGACUUGAUGGAUCUUUGCCGCCUCAUGCACGUACCUGUGCUAGUAACAGGCGAUGGAUCUCUUGGUGGUGGUCCUAUGCACGAAGCUGAGGCCAUGGCCAGCUCCCUUGUGUUGCAUGGCUAUGCAGACAUGGUUGCUAGCGAAGACAGCGAUGUUCUGUUGUACCAGGUACCGCUACUACGAGGCCUCUCGAAUAUGACGUUAGAACUAGUCGAUUCUCAGCAAGUGUGUCAGCAGCUAUUUCCCUCUGCUACCUCGCCCUUUGCCUUAUUUAUGGAGUUUGCUCUGCUAUGUGGUACAGAUUUUAACCGGACCGUCCCGGGCAUUGCCGCUGUGAGUGCACACCGAUGGAUUUCUAUACAUGCCUCCGUUGAGGCGGUAUUAAGGGCCCAGCACGAACGCUAUGCUCCACCUGACCAGCUAGGCCUUGAUACCUACCUCGCUGAACUGAGCGAAGCACGCGCCAUAUUCUUACAUCCGCCAUCUGUGGCACAAGCCGCAGACUUGGCUGGCUUGACUACAGCCACUGCCACAACCAGCAACAACAAGACCAACAAUGCCCGCGUAACAGCAGAGCCAGCAUGGGCCGCUUUUCUACGCAAGUGUGCACAUGUGUCGAGCAAUUCCGUACCGACAUAUGAUCCCAUUAAAUUAGCGCGCUUUCUUCGUGCACACAAAGUCUGGUUCACAGAAAGCGUGCGCGAAGCGUGCGCGGUUCAUGAUACCGACGUGCCAGCAAGUGAGCGCGUGCCACAGAAUUGGGCGACCAUGACACCUGCAUAA